GUUUUGAGGCUGUGUAAAAGCUUCGUUACUUAUAGUACUGAGCACAUGACGACAACGGCGACAUUAAAGAAUGUCUUAUUGGCAGGACGUCAAGGCUAUCGUGCUAUAGCAGUAGCAAUCAAAUUGCUACUGGUACUGUUGUGGCUUGCUAGUAAAGAAAAUAAAACAUGUACAGAGACGGCACGCAAUCUAGUGCUAAGGCCAGCGAUCUAUUGUACAUGGUGCUUUUUGUUUGAAUAUCGACUAUUUAAUUAUGUUUCAUUAUCGACUAUUUAAUUAUUUUUGAAACCAUUUGUGUUUGGAUACGCUUUUUUUAAAAUGGAUACGCUUUUGGAUAC